AUGGCAUCCCAAAGCUCCAAACCAGCUGCACCGCGCUCCACAGCGCCAGCAGGCUUAACAAGACUCUAUCUCUUCACCUACAACACCAUAAGUCUAAUCCUCUGGGCCUCCGUCUUUAGCUACACAGCAUCGCUACUCCCAUCCCACGCACAGAAGAACAACCUUCCCGCAAUCUUUGGUCAGACUUUCAGCCCGCUCCUGCUCACGCAAUCGCUGGCUUUGCUGGAGGUUUUCCACAGUCUUGUCCGCCUAGUGCGUGCUCCAGUCACGACAACUGGAAUGCAAGUUGCGAGCAGACUACUUGUUGUCUGGGGCAUUCUGGCGCAGUUUGGCGGGGAUAUUGUUGGGGGCGCGGAUACCCAGAUUGGGGAUUAUGCUUAUUUGGGCUGUGUUGCCGCAUGGGGUGUGACGGAGGUUAUUCGUUAUGGGUUCUUUGCUAUUACUUUGUCGGGGAAUAGCGUUCCUGCUUGGUGGACUUGGUUCCGCUAUAACACUUUUUACGUUCUUUACCCUAUUGGUAUCUCCAGCGAGUGUACCCUCAUUUUCCAGGCCCUUCGUCCUGCUGCUGAGGUUGAUCCUCUUUUCCGCUGGUUCCUUAUUGCCGUUCUGGUCAUAUACGUGCCUGGCUCCUAUGUCUUGUACACUCAUAUGAUCGCACAGCGCCGCAAGGUCCUUCGUGGCAAGAAGCGUUCUGAUUAG